UGGUGGGAGGAUUGGGAAUGUGGGCGUUGGGGGUUAUAUACUCGGAGGUGGGCUGAGCUUCAUGAGCGCCGAGUACGGAUGGGCAGCUAACCAAGUGCUCGAGUAUACCCUCGUCCUGGCCAAUGCCUCCAUAUUGAAAGUAACACGGGACAACUACCCAGACAUCUUCACAGCCCUAACAGCCGGGGGCAAUAACUUCGGCAUCGUCACCUCCUACCUCCUCCAAGUAUACCCCCAAGGUGAGGUCUGGGGCGGAAAUCUUGUCUUCAACGCAACCCCCGAAACGACCUCCUCUCUGCUCGCCGCCCUCCGUGACUUCACGGAGAACUACCCGGAUGAAAAAGCCGGGAUUAUCAUGACGUCUGAACGGACCCUCGGGACCCUCGUCAACAUUUGGAUCCUGUUUCUUUAUUAUAACGGGCCUGAGCCGCCGCCGGGCGUUUUUGACAAGUUUCUGGCCGUGGGGCCUAACAUCAAUUCCUGCAAGACGCAGAGCAUGGCCGACCUCGUCGAGGGUAAUAAUUGGGCUAUUGUCAAGGGGAGCGUGUAUACCAUCGGGACGGAGACAACGCCCGUGCCGAGCGAGGAGCACGGGGCGGAGGUGCUGGGGUCGUAUUAUGACCAUUGGGUGAACGUAUCCAACAGCGCGGCUUUUGUCACUGGGGUUAUCGCCAGUAUUGCCUUUCAACCCCUCCCAAAAUCCAUAGCGCGGGCUGCGAAGGCGAAGGGAGGGGAUCUAAUUGAUCUCGAUACAGAAAAGGACCUGCUCGUCAUAGAGCUGGAUUAUAGCUUUUCGUUUAAUUCGGAUUAUGAAAAGAUUGACCAGACGAUGCGGGAUACGUACGAGGGGCUGCGGACGAGGGUCCAGAGGUUUCAAGAGCAGGGAAAGUUGGAGAAAGGGGUUUAUUUACCGCUUUUUAUGAAUGAUUGCUUUUAUCCGCAGGAUUAUUUUGGGAGGUUGAGGCCCGAGGGGAAGGCGUUGGCGGGGAGGGUGACGGAGGAGUUGGAUCCCAAUGGCGUUUGGAGGGACCGGACUGGGGGUUUUAAGUUAUGAGAGAUCAGUUUGGGUUUGGAUAUUGGUGAGAGGUGUGAGAUGAGCAAAUGUAUAUGUGAUAUGACGUGAUAUGAUACCAGCUUGAAUACGUAAGUCCUGACUGCUUAUAAAAUGGAUAGAUAGAGACAUGUCUUAAAGCUUAGAGUUACUGAUUGGGAUAUCUUAAUUUUGCGAUCUACGAUUGAUUUCAGACGAAGGUUGAGUGCACGGAUGGAAUAUCCGAAUGUCGCCAGAUAAAAUAGAUAAUCGCGAUUCAAUAGCUAGGGGUCUAGCCGUGGGUUUCUGGGUAUCG